CAGUCACUUUAAACCACAAACGGCUAAAUAAAUAUUUUAAACUUACUCCACUCUUUGGUCACUGUUCCUUGGUCACAUAAUUUCAUAGAUAUUUGGUCUGUGAUUUACGAAAUUUGAGUUGAGUGCUCUUUCGUCGUGUGCCGGUUACCAAUUUUUCUUCAGUUACAUUAGUUUUUCACAUAGUAUUUGUAAAUUGAUUUAGAAAAUAGAAUAACACAAUGAUUACAGAACCGACGUUAUCCCUGAUACAAAUUUUAGAAAAAACUAUAUCACCAGAUCGAAAUGAAUUGGAAGCGGCUGAGAAGUAUCUUGACCAUGCAGCUGUGUCAAACUUCACAAUUUUUAUCAAGAUGCUGUCAGAUGUGUUGGUCCAAGGGGGCAAUAGCCAGGUGGCUAGAAUGGCCGCUGGCUUGCAGUUAAAAAACCAUCUGACUUCAAAAGAUCCUACCCUUAAACAGCAAUAUCAACAGAGGUGGCUAGAUCUACCUGAAGAUACAAGACUAUACAUUAAAAAAAAUAUUCUAGCAGCUAUUGGCACAGAGAACAGCCGACCCAGUUCUGCAGCCCAGUGUGUAGCGUAUGUAGCAGUUGCUGAACUUGCAGUAGGACAAUGGAACGGUCUCAUUCCAAUCCUAGUAGAAAAUGUUGUCAAUCUUCAGUCUACAGAACUCAAGAAAGAAGCUAGCUUGGAGGCUAUUGGUUAUAUUUGCCAAGAAAUAGAUGCUGAAGUACUGACAGAACAAAGCAAUGCAAUUCUAACUGCUAUCAUACAUGGAAUGAGAUCAUCUGAGCCAAGUUUUAAUGUUCGUCUUGCUGCCACCCAAGCUCUGCUCAAUUCACUUGAAUUCACUAGGGCUAAUUUUGAUAAAGAAAAUGAGAGGAACUUUAUAAUGGAAGUUGUUUGUGAGGCAACACAGUCCACUGAUAUGAGAAUUAGUGUAGCUGCACUGCAAUGUCUAGUAAAAAUAUUAUCUUUAUACUACCAAUAUAUGGAACCAUACAUGGGACAAGCUCUAUUCCCUAUCACUUUAGAAGCAAUGAAAUCUGAUAUAGAUGAGAUAUCUUUACAAGGAAUAGAGUUCUGGUCAAAUGUUAGUGAUGAGGAAAUAGAUCUAGGGAUUGAAAUGGCUGAGGCAAGUGAAGCAGGUCGGCCACCAGUCAGAACAUCAAGAUUCUAUGCCCGUGGGGCGCUACAGUAUAUUGCUCCUGUAUUAAUGCAAAAAUUAACAAAACAGGAAGAUUCUGAUGAUGAAUUGGAAUGGAACCCAUCCAAAGCUGCUUCAGUAUGUUUAAUGCUUCUUUCAAACUGCUGUGAAGAUGAAAUUGUUCCUCACGUCCUACCAUUUAUUCAUUCAAAUAUUAAAAGUGAUAACUGGAGAUACAGAGAAGCAGCUCUCAUGGCUUUUGGUUCAAUCUUAGGAGGUCUUGAAUCGGCUACUCUAAAACCACUUGUAGAAGAAGCUAUGCCAACCCUCAUUCAAGCCAUGUAUGACUCGAGUGUAGCAGUGAGAGAUACAGCUGCCUGGACAUUUGGUAGAAUUUGUGAAAUUGUCCCAGAAGCUGCCAUCAACGACACCUACCUCAAACCUCUUCUGGAGAGUCUUAUGAGUGGUUUGAAGGGUGAGCCUCGUGUGGCUGCCAAUGUCUGUUGGGCGUUCACGGGAUUGGCUGAAGCUGCAUACGAUGCUGCAGAUUGCGGCGACUCCACCCAACCCAAGACUUACUGCAUGUCCACUUACUUUGAUUAUAUUGUUCAACGCCUCCUGGAGACCACAGAUCGACUUGAUGCAGCUCAGCAUAAUUUGCGGUCGGCAGCUUAUGAAGCUCUCAUGGAAAUGGUGAAGAACUCCCCGACUGACUGUUAUGUCACUGUGCAGAAAACUACAAUGGUUAUAUUAGAGCGUUUGCAGCAGGUGCUGCAAAUGGAGAAUCAUAUCUCAAGCCAGGUUGACAGGACUCAGUUGAUUGACCUGCAAAGUCUGCUGUGCGCCACUUUGCAAUCAGUUCUUCGUAAGGUAACACCCGAGGAUGCGCCACAAAUAUCUGAUGCCAUCAUGGCUGCUCUGUUGACCAUGUUUGCUGGAAAUGCCGGCAAGGCUGGUGGCGUUCAAGAAGAUGCAUUGAUGGCAGUUUCUACAUUAGUUGAAGUGUUAGGAGAGGGUUUCCUUAAAUAUAUGGAUGCUUUUAAACAAUAUUUGUAUGUUGGUCUCAAAAAUCACCAAGAAUAUCAAGUAUGCAUAGCUGCCGUGGGUGUUACUGGUGAUAUAUGCCGGUCACUAAAGAGUAAGGUGCUGCCAUACUGUGAUGAAAUCAUAGUACUUUUACUACAGAAUCUUGGUGACCCGUACAUCCACCGCGCAGUAAAACCUCAGAUUCUUUCAGUGUUUGGAGAUAUAGCGCUUAGUAUUGGUCCUGACUUCAAAAAGUACUUUGAGGUUGUUAUGCAAAUGUUACUGCAGGCCAGCAAUGCACAAGUGGAUCGCAAUGACUAUGAUAUGGUUGAAUAUCUGGGUGAGCUUCGGGAAAGCGUGCUGGAAGCGUACACCGGUAUCAUUCAGGGAUUGAAGGGCACGAGUGGCGAGAUACUCGUGGACGUGGCCGUGGUGGAGCCCCACGUGGCCGCCAUCGUGAACUUCAUGAUCCAAGUGGCUUCCGAGCCGGAGCGAACGGACAGCCACAUGUCGCUGAUCGCGGGGCUCACGGGCGACUUGUGCACGGUGUUCGGGCAGCGCGUGUUGCCGCUGCUGGAGACGCGUCCGCUGCUCGACCUGCUGCAGGCGGCGCGCAUGUCGCGCACGCCGCGCACCAAGACGCUCGCCAACUGGGCCACCAAGGAGAUCCGCAAGCUGAAGCAGCAGGCGCCGCUCGCUAGCUGAUUCCAAACAUCAUGGACAAAAAGUGAUGUAACGAAGUUUCAAUCAACUUAUUGCUGGUAAAAUUAAAAGUAUUAAUGGGAGGUCGUAUCAUGACGUUAUUUUAAAGUCGUUAGGUGCAUAAUUAACUGGGCCUUGAGAAUUGCUUAUUAUUUUGUAUUUCAAUAAAACAAGUUUCUUUUCUUUUUAAUCUAAAGUGUGCCUCUACAUGUUAUAAAAUAUUGAAUAUAGAUUUAAGUAGGGCCAACUGUCUGUCCAUUGAACUUGCUACAAAUAUUAUGUUAGAAACAUAAUAAACAUAUAUUGUGUUGUGCUUAAUAAAAAAAAAAUAUUUGUAAAUGGGGUAUGAUUUUUGUGAAUCACAUAGUGAUUAUUGUGUUCAAUGCACCUAGCGCGGCACUUGAAAUACUAUGUAAUGCCUCACCAUUAUCUUUCCGUAAUAUUUAAAAAAAAAUAUCAAAGCAUUUUCCUAUUUGGUAUUAUAGAUACAGACGGUGGCUGUGGUAUCUUAUUACUUAUGUGAUGCGAAAGGGAAUUGUAUGGAAGAUGAAGUAUGUUAUUUUAGGCAUGAUGCACAUUUGCAAGGGAUUAUGAAUUGUAUAAAUUAUUGUUUUGUAAAAUAUGAAAGAAUCUAUGACAGACGAUGAAUGGAUGAAGAUGUGUGUUUGUAUGAAUAAACGUGUUUUGUAUACUUAGACUUGAAUCAGCCCCUGAAAAGGAUUGGUAUCUUUGUCAUAAGGUUUCAUGAGCGAGAAGUAAGGACGCCAUAUUGGUGCCAAAAUUCUUUUUUUUCAUCACAAUAAUAUACGAACAAAUAAUACAUUGUUAGUAUAUUAAAAGUAAAUACAUUAUUUGUCACUACAUGUAGAAUUUUCGAAUAUUUAAUUCUUAACUUUUACAUUUGGUGAAAUAAUAUUAUAAAAAAAAAUGUGAUGAACAAAAAGCUAGUAUUGCCUUUAUUCUCGAGCUCAAAUUUUGUACAUAUGUAAUUAACAUCUCUUUCUUGACAUAAUACAUUUGAAUGGCCAAAUAUUAGCCAUGUGAAAGCACUGACAAUUGAAUUGUUAAAAUUUUAGUACGCCUGUUAUCUUGUAUCUUGUUUUGUUAAAAAUGUUCGAUUUUGAAUCUCAAUUGGUUGUUGAUUUAAAAACUUGUCUAUGAAAUUAAUCAACUUUUGAGUGAUAUUUACAUUUCUUUGCUUUUACACUGAAUAAAAAACUUUACUUUUAUUACAUGUUCAAUGAUGCAUAUAUCUAAUUGCACCCUUUUUAAGCCCUGUCUGAAGGACUGCAUUAAAAGAUUAAAUUAAAAAAUGAAAUUUUAAUAAAAUCAUUAAACUGAAGGUGUGCUAGAAUAGGCAAUCUGUUGUGAUUCAGAUUUACUAUUCACAGCAAAUAUCAAGAUAAAGUUACUCAAUAAACAGAAGCGGUCUACUGUACCCAAGGACAACCAGUCUCUAGCGUGCAAAACAGAGCCUGCAGGCAGGUCUUUGAAUAGUGACUUUAACAAUAAUAGGCUAGUUGACAUUAUUUUAAAUGGUCUUAAAUAGUUUAUUAUCGCUCUACUAGACUAAAAAAAAUUUUGAGACGUGAUUACAUGAAAAUAUUAAUUCUUGAAUAUGUGUUUGACAAAACGAGCCCAAACGCCUGUCGGCCAUGACGGUCUAUAUUUCAACUGUUUCAAGACGUCACUACAAUAAAUCCCAUACAAAUGGAGCGUUUGACAAAAAUAUUAGAUAUCAUUUAGUUCGACGUUUAGUACAUCAAGGAUGUUACUUGUUAGUGACGUCACAAAAUAGACAACAGCGUUUUUGAAGUUUGGAAAAUUUAAAAAAUACAUGAUAUUUAAAUUAGGUUUUAAAAGAAAUCCUUAACUUUUACUAAUAAUUGAUAUUUUUCGUACCCUUAUUCCUUGUACUACACGAAAUUAAUAUAGUUUAUAUUAAAUUUGAUAUGAGUCAACUACCCUAUUGGUUAAAGGAACGAAUUUUCUAUUAUAAUGUAGCCAUUAAUGUAAAAGUCAAGACAAUGGCACUUAACAUGAAUUGGUAAGUUCCCAAUUUACACGUCAGUGCCUUUAAAGCAUUUUUGGAUUCCAAAUUGUUGACCAUGUAUUUGUUAAACAUUGUGUGAUUUAUUUUAAAGAAUUUAUUAACUGGUAACGCUAUAAUAGUUGUGACAUGGACUGUAAGAGCUAAGUGAGAGCAGAAUGUUAAUCAAUAUGUUUUAGUUAAUUGAUAUUUGAGUGUUUGCUAGUCUGUGAGUAUCACUGACAGGGAUGAUGUUUGCGCGAAUUAUGCAAGAUUUAUAUAACUCUUCUUUUGUUCCAUUUUAGCUCUUGAACAUCUCUAUAAAACAGAAAUCGUCAAGACGCAAAUCAAUGAUUGCUAGUAGGUGUAGGGUUGCCAACAUUUUUUCGGAAAAAUAUAGUAUUUUUCAGAUUUAGCUAUAAAUAAAAAUAUAGUACGCUUAAAUAAAAUAUAGUGUUUUACGAAAUAAGAAAAAAAACACCAUUUAUUUGUCUGAAAUAAGAGUGUCAUGCUUUUUCACAAUUGAUUUUUAAAUUUUUGAAAACCAAAUGCUAUUUUUUUCAUUUUGAUUGUUUGGAUGUUUGGAACUCAGUAAGAUAGACACGUUGCAUCUGUCGAAAACUAAUGUUCAUAAUGAUUUAAACUGAAAAUUUUGUUUGUUAGAUAUCAGUGUAGAAAAUAUUCUAUUUUUGUGUAACAAAUACAGUACAAUACUAUAUAUUAUAGCAAUUCUACUAGUAGAUGUAUUUGUAAGAAAUAACCUUUUGCUUCUUUCUUUUGGAGUUCAAGAGCUCACUGUGAACAUGUUAUUUUACAUGACUAAGUGAUGAUGUGUCCAAUGUCUAAUGUCCAUAUUACACGCGCGGCACCGGGCGUCUAAUACGUCGCGAACCCUUUUCAUAUUGUGUACUUAUAUUAAGGAUGAUAGGAGAAUAUGUAUGAGGACUAGUGCCAUGCCAUGAAAGGUUCUGAAUUAGAAUCAUAGGCAUUGAGUCGAUGAAUACCACCCACUUUUCCUGCGCCGAUCAAAUUAUUUAGAUGAUUAUUUUGUUACAUCUUUAUUUCAUUUGUUUUCCACACAAAUAUUAUCCUGUAAACCAUUCUAUUAUAAUAAAAGCCAAUGCAAAUAA